UUCUAUAUCAACCGUACGGCAAAUCGGUAGAUUGGUGGGCUUAUGGCGUUUUGCUCUACGAAAUGCUCGUUGGCCAGCCUCCGUUCGAUGGUGAGGAUGAAGAAGAGUUGUUUGCUGCCAUUACCGACCACAAUGUCUCCUAUCCGAAGAGUUUGAGCAAGGAGGCCAAAGAGGCGUGCAAAGGGUUCCUCACCAAGCAACCGAAUAAACGUCUCGGUUGUGGGCCCACCGGCGAAGCGGAUGUGCGUAUACAUCCGUUCUUCCGACGAAUCGAUUGGGAGAAAAUCGAGAAUCGCGAAGUGCAACCGCCAUUUAAGCCGAAAAUUAAACAUCGCAAAGAUGUCUCGAAUUUCGAUAAGCAAUUCACUUCGGAGAAAACGGAUCUGACACCAACGGAUAAAGUAUUUAUGAUGAAUUUGGAUCAAACGGAAUUUGUAGGCUUCUCCUACGUGAAUCCGGACUAUGCGGUGCCCGUUUAAAAGCACUGAAACUCCACACACAAACACACACACACCCAAAGGCACUGCGUUAGGACAGCGUGCGUAGGAAUUGAAAGAACACAACCAUGGAAAGAAAAGCGAAAGCUGGAGAGAGAGAGAGCGGGAUAAAGCGUAUGCGAGAAUAUUACAUUGUUUUAACGGAAGCAAGCAAGUGAAGCAGGAAAUCAAGCGUUAGCCAACUGCAUUGUCGUUUGGUGUGUAAGUGUGUAUAUUGUUGCGGUGCGUUUUUUUCGAACACACUAUACUUUCGUGUGAACAACGUGCCAUUAUAAGAAUUUUAAGCAGAAUUUCCAAAGCGUAGGUGAGUGAAGAAGGACACACACAUACCCAAACUGAAGUAGCUUGCAUAUCCGCAGGCGUGUGGCAAACGAGUGGUUUUGUGUGUGUGUAGGUGAAUAUGAAACAGUUUGUAACGCUUGAAAAUUCCACUGCAAGCGUUAAAUGUGCAGUUGCAAAUGCUAUAAUUUAUUUUUUAAAUUCCU